ACUCAUGCUGAUGCGAGCAAAGCUCAAAAUAGUGCGAUUACAGCUCUAAAAUACUGCGAUUUGGGCUGUAAUGCACUAUUUUUAGCCAAUCAGAUUGUUCGAAUCGCGCAUGAUUUCAAAAUGAAUAUGAUAAAUGUUAUUAAUCUAUGUAGGUUAGAUGCGGGUACAUUUGGCACAAUGGGAGUUGGUUUAGGUUUUGCAAUAGCUGCGGCAAUCUUGGUGAAAUACAAAGAUGAAAAAUUAGAUCCUCCAGCAAGUCGUGUGGUUUGUAUUCAAGGUGAUAGUGCUUUUGGUUUCUCUGGAAUGGAACUGGAGACUGUGUUCAGGUUGGUUUUACUCCUUCUUGCUAGUACCUUCUAGCUUGUUAUUACGCCUCUGUCAGUCUGUUACUACAAAUCACACCCUACCAAUCUAAUCAUCAAACUAACUGGGACACCGUAUAUUUACAUGUAACCUAGCCACAAAAAUAGUCUUGCCACCAUAUUUACCUGGACUAAAAAAACAGCUUAUUUUAAGAAAAUUGUUUUGAAAUAAUAACAUUUUUCUUCGAAGAAUAUUUUUUCUUGUUAUUCUCCCAAUAAAAUUCAAUAUCUUUUUUCUUGAAAUAAGAAAAUUAUUUUUUGCUGCAAGUUACAGUGUACCUGGCCACAAUGCUUACCAAUCCUUACAGUUUUAUCAGAAGACUCAUGAGUACAGUCUUUACUUUAUAUCAAACCACGGAUAUAAGACCUAACGUGUAGGUUACAUGCACAGUCAAAACACUCCUCAAACUAAUAUUGUCUAUCUAAAAAAUUAAAUAUUAAAAAAAAAUAAUGAAAGCGUUUUGGAAUCCGUGUUAAUUAAGGUGUUUCGAUCCAUUUCAACUCACAACAUGUGAUUUGUUUGAUCCGAAAUUUCAUCUACUGUGGUCUGUGGUUAUCCAGUCAAUUACAGUAACAAGGUUGUUACUCCUACUAAAGGCCCGUUAACACGGGCGAUUUUUGCUGCGAUUUUAGUUGCGAUUUUCUCCUUUUGGAGGAUAUGAAGGAGUAGAUUACUUAAUGACGUUGUUAUGAAAUUUCAUAACAUGGAACAUUUAUAACUCAUCCACUCCUUCACAUCCAUCAUCAGAAGAAAAUCGCAGCAAAAAUUGCCCGUGUAAACGGGCCUUAAAGUUUAGUAAACAAAAUUUCAUCUAUUGUGGUUAUCCAGUCAAUCACAACUCCUAUACUAAUGUUUAGUAAACAGUAUGUAACGCUUACAGCCGAACAGCUGUGGGUGAAACAUUAGUAACAUUGGAUGAAGUAGAGGAGAGGGCAAAUGAAGAGUUAAUGAAUGUUCGAAAAUGGCUGUCUGCGAAUAAACUUAGUUUAAAUAUUACGAAAAUUGAGUACGUUCUGAUUGGAUCACGGCAUAUUUAAAGAUAAAUAAUACGGAUGCCCAACCUAUAGAGUUAAAAUCGAUAGCCAGUCAAUCAAGAGUGAAACAUGUGCUUGGAGUUCAGAUUGGCGAGAAUUUAAAUUGGGGAAAUUGAAUUCAUUGUUAGUAAAAUAUCGUCAGGUAUUGGAGCUAUAAGAAAACUAAAGGAAUUUUUUGAUCGAAACACUUUGGUAUUGGUAUAUAAUUCUUCAAUUCAGCCUCAUUUUGAUUAUUGUUGCGAAUUUGGGAUGCACUUGGCAAAAGCCUUAGUGAACGUCUUCAAAAACUACAAAAUAGAGCGGCUAGACUGACCGGUCAGUCUAUUUUGGCCUGUAAUGCUCUUGGUUGGAUAUCGCUUGACGAACGUAGGGCGUAAAUGAAAGCCAGGAUCAUGUACAAAACUGUCAGUCAACAAAUGAUUACAAUUUAAGGGGUUCUUCGACUAGGCUUUUUAUUCCCAGGCCUAGGACGGAAUUCCUAAAAAAAAGAAGUUCCAGUUACAGUGGGGCCGCUCAAAUAUGGAAUCAGAUACCGGAAGAGAUAAGAACUUCGGUAUCUUAUUAUUCGUUUUUGUAUUGUUAGCACACCUCUUUUGGAAAUCAGCUGUGUGUUGAAAAGAUUAGUGUGUUGAAAAUAAAGUUGAUCAUCAUCUAUACGUUCACUUUUCUUCAGGCACAAAUUACCAAUAGUCUUCAUUAUUUUAAACAACAACGGAAUUUAUAAUGGCGUGGAUGAAGAAAGUUGGAAAGAUCUGACAAGUUCGUCUGAAGGAGCGGCAACGAGGUUUGUAAACUGGUUGACAAUAUUGAUAAACUUGAACUUGUUUCUCACUUUCAUGAGCCUUUUUUUAAUUCGAGUUACCAGGUAAAGAAUGGCCCUUUUAUUUUGAAAAAUAUAUUUUGGAACGCUGUUAGUUUUCUACUAAUUAAUGUCGAUUUCUUGUCUAAGUAAGGCUCAUAGGAGGUAGGACCUCAGAGUCUCGUUAGUAAUUAAUUGAAUUUUACUCUAUCAAGUUAUCCAUAAAAUGUCACCAGCAGUGACAUUAUGCAUAUAGCUGAACAUCACUCUUCAUUAUAGCAUGUAAAGAUUUUGAAAUUUACAGGGAAUGAAAAUCCGAAUGAAAAUGUUUUACCUCAUUUAGCGCUCCUCCGACAGCUCUACUGCCGUCGGCACGAUAUGAGAAGAUCAUUGAAGCAUUUGGCGGUAGUGGGUACUUUGUGAAAACACCACAAGAAUUAAACUUCGCUCUCAAGAAUGCAUUUGAAAAAACGAAUGAAGCAUCACUCAUAAAUGUUAUGAUAGAUCCUUUCUCUCAAAGAAAGCAACAGGUACCGUUAUUGAAGCCUGUUUUUCACUUCAACCGAAACAUAGCGUAUUUCGUUGUUUACUUAGCACUUGAGGCUGAGCAGAAUUAAUGAUAACGACACGAAAGAAAACAUUACGAUGUACGUUAUACCAUAUGGUUGAAGUGGAAAACAGGCAUACAUAAUAGACAACUUGCAUGUUAGACUAAUUUUUGAUUUAGGCAAAAAAAAGUAAAUUCCCGUAAAGAACUUAUUAAAAUCAGUAAAAUUGCAAAAUUUGGUUGCGAAAUGUUGUAAAAUAGCCGAAAACGGUAACAAUUUCAGCACGUAAUACAAAUAUACUGAAAAUAUGCAAACUUCGCAAGGCUAUAUUCUCUGUAAUUUACAACAUUUCGCAACCAAAUUUUGCAAAUUUACUAAUUUCAUUAUGUUCUUUUUAACUGUUGUGUUUGAUUCCCUUCUCUUUACUUAGAUUAAAAUUUAGUCUAACAUGCAAGUUGUCCAUUGCAGUAUAAUCUCGUUCUAACAAGCUUGAUCGUUGUUAGGGGUGAAACUAUACUUGAAAAGUACAAGGAGAAAUUUGACGUGUUGAGCGAAGACCCUUCGUUGGGACGUUAGUAGCUUCUGACUCCCUGACGAGGGGCCUCCUCUCGAAACGUCGAAUUUCUCCUUGUGUUUUUCAAGAUCAUCAAGAUCAGAUCAAGAUCAAUUUAUUUUAGCCAAUAAAAAAAAAUGUUUACAAUAUCAAAGAGAAAAAAAAUAUAACAUUUUGUAAGGCAAGGAAACCAAAAGAAACCAUAAGGGCUUAUGUAAUUUGGGCCACCUAGAUUAAACUACAGUAAUACAUAUAUAGCAAAAUUUUAGUGUUAGCUGUAAAAACAUAUCGAGCAAGAUACAAUGUGUAAAUCAAACAAACAAACGAACAAACAAAAUUUGGAUGAAAAGGAAAAAUAGACCAAAAAAUUGGGAUCAGGUUUUUGACAAAGCAUAGAUAGAAACUAUGUUACAUUGAUUGUGUGUUUAAAUAAUACAAAAUUAAAGUCUAAAUAAAUAUUCUUUAAGUUUUUUCCGAAAACUGGAGACGGAUGAAGCAUCAUAUAUAUUUUUGGGGAGGGAGUUAAAAAAUUUAGGACCUUGGUAAAUAAUAGCAAAUUUUCUCAGGUUAGUUCUACAAAAUGGGAGGAAAUACAAAUUCGAUUGUCGCGUAUUAUAAUUGUGAACUUGGUUAACACAUGUGAAAUACUCAUCAAAAUUAGACGGUAACAUACAAUUAUGGAACUGAUACAUAAACAAGCCUAAAUGAAACAAAUAAAUGUUGUUAAAUGGAAGAAUCUCAAGCUCGUUAAAAAUGGGAUAUGUGUGUGCAUCAUAUGAGGUUUUAUAAACAAUUCUGAUCAUUCGCUUUUGCAAAAGAGCAAUACGAUUUAAGUUUGAAGGGUAAGUUGAACCCCAAACUAGGAUACAAUAUUGCAUGUAUGGGUAAACGAGAGCGUAGUACAAUGAUAUUAAAGAUCGUGUCGGAAGACAAAAACUAGCUUUCUUGAUAAUUCCAAUGGAUUUCGACAUUUUUCUUGAUACAUGGGAUAUAUGAGACUUCCACGUUAAAUUUGCGUCUAAAAUAACUCCAAGAAAACUAACUUCAUCAACCAUAUCAAUCUCAAAGCUAUUUAAGACUAUUUUAGGAUUGAUAUGAAACUUUUUUUGUCUUGGUCUAAAAAUCAUAAAAUUGGUUUUCUUCAAAUUAAUUGAUAGUUUAUUUGCUGAUAGCCACACGGUCAGCGUGUCCAGUUCUCCAUUUACUUGAUCAAUAAGGAACGGCAAAUUGUUAUGCGAGAAAAACAGGUUUGUGUCAUCAGCGAAUAAGAUAAGGUCAGCAAUGUUGGAGACCUUAUUAAUGUCAUUAAUAUAAAGCAAAAAGAGAAGUGGAGCUAGUAUUGAACCUUGGGGUACACCACAAUAAAUAGAGUUUUUUUUCGAGUACACCACAUUGAACUGAACAAAUUGGAGUCUAUUACUAAAGUAACUUUUAAACCAAUCAAGUGCUACUCCACGAAUUCCAUAAUGCUGUAGUUUAUCAAACAAGAUACUAUGGUUAACGAAGAUGCCAAUUGUAAAUUCAUUGAGGUCAAUAGCGGAUGAAAUUUUAUUGUAUAGUUGCAACAAGGCUAAAGAAGUUGAAUGACCGCUUCGAAAACCAAACUGAUUGUCAACGAGAAUAUGGAGCCUGUCCAAGUAGUUAAUUAAACGAAUAGAAACAAUUUUUUCAAAGACUUUCGAGAAAAUUGGCAGGAUUGAUAUUGGUCGGUAAUUUGAAAAUAUUUGUCGAUCACCAGUUUUAAAAAUUGGAACAAUUCGAGCGAUUUUCAGUUGAUCAGGAAAAAAGCCGGAUGACAUCGACAAGUUGACAAGGUGAGGUUAAAGGAAUGGAUAUUAAGUCUAUGCAGUCUUUAAUAGUGUUGAUAGGUAAAUUAUCAUAUCCAGUGGCAACACCAUUUCUGAAAGAUUUGACUACGGCAGUUAUCUCUUGUUCUGUAGUCGGCUCGAAGAACAUAGUAUUUGUGAAAUUACCAGUGAGAAAAGAAGUGUGCGAGACCGGUACAAUAGGUAACUUUUUGGAUAAAUUGGGGCCUAUAUUGGAGAAAUAAUCACAAAAAUGAUCAGCAAUUGUGGGAGAGUCAGAGCAGUCGUUAUCAUUGAUUACAAAUGUGGAUGGAAGCCUGCUAUUCCGUCGUUUGUUUUUGUUGAUUAUUUCAUUCAAGAUGCUCCAGAUGUUUUUACAGUUAGACUUAUUAUGCUCGAUUAGAUCCUCGUAGUAAUGGCGUUUCGCGAUGCGUAAUAAAUGAUUUAAUUUGUUCUUAAAUCUUUUGUAUCUAUCCGUGUUGUCAGCAGUUGGAGAGUUUAAAUAACGCUUCUGGUUCUUUUUUCUUAUUGAUUUUAAAAGGCCGUUGGAAAGCCAAGGUUUGAAAACUGUUGACCUUUUAUUUUUUAUCUUUUUGAGUGAAAAACAGGAAUUGUAAAGAUUAGUAAAAAUAUUCAAGAAACUGGAGUAGGCCUUUUUUGGCUCAUGAAUAUUUUCGAGAUCAUACCAAUUAAUGUCGUGCAAACGAUUGCGAAAUUCGUUUAUAUUUUUUUCGCUUUUGUCACGAAAAACGGUAUAUGAAGCUUCAUCAGUCAGUGGUUCGUUAUCAUUGGAAAUAAGGUAGUUGCAUCCCUAUCAACGAUCAAAAGCUUGUUAUUAUUGGCAAUACCUGCACUGGCACAGACAGCUCAAGAUUAAUCUCGUUCUAGUUUAAUAUGUAUUUCCGCAAAGGUAAUAUUUGUAUCUCUUUCUAGGAAUUUGCUUGGUUAACGCGAUCAAAUUUGUGAAUUCUGGUACAGUUUACCUUAAUGAACUGUAAGUACUGUAGUAUUUUGAUGAAAUGGUCAGAACCUAAAAUGCCACUAACCCCAAAUAUAAUUUUUUGUGUAAUAUUUUUGCCAUUUUGAGAAGAAAUGCAUGUAAUGUAUCAUAGUACUGCCUCGUACCCAGGGAUAUGUACUAUUUAGGGAAGGUACAUGAAGUAUUCAGGCAGCCAGGUGCGCAAAGGGGCUAUUAGGAAGGGUGUAAUACUUCAUGUAAAUUCGUCAUACAAAUCAAACGCUGUUUUUAUAAAGAGACGCCUGGGUACGAGGCAGGUUAUAUAUAGAAAAAAGAUCAUCUUGAUAACUUUUUCACUCAAAGUCGGAUAUGUAAUGUCAUUGAAAAGUAGUUUUCAUUUGUUUUUUCUGCUAAAAUUCACCUAAUGACAUCGUAUCCGAAAAUUUCGACAGUGAAAACGUUGAUCAAGGUGACCUUUUUACUAUAAAGUAGAAUUCUUUUUCCAAAAAUCAAGGGUUAGUGACUGUAAUUAAGAAUUUUACUGGGCCCUUUCGAAUACAAACAUCGUCAAGCUGGAUGAUCUAAAUAUAACGUUACUCACUCACCUCACCAUGUAGUCGUAGAAUUAUAAUAGAGAGCUUGAGCUAGAGAAAGAAUUACGACGACGAAGACGUACUCGACCGCAGUCGUCGUGAACUCUUUUCCCCAGGAAAUACAUAUAUGAUGUAUACGCACAAUUAAUGGCGAUUAAAUCUAUCUUCAACAGUUAAAGGUUUAAAAUUGAAUGUAUACUUGUUUAGUUGUUUUGUAAGGGGGCCGGUUGUCAAGCACGAUUAGCGCUAACCCUGGUUUAAAUUUAACCCAUUGCUUUGGUUAAUGUUUAUCAGUACGUCACUCUGUUUAUUUCAAAACUUUAGAAAUUAAAGUGGAAGUCAAGUCCGUUCUGCGCAUCGGUUCUGCUCAUAACAAUGUGAGGACCCUCAAAUGUAAACAUUGCCUAAAUUUCGAAUGUUUCGAAUUUUUCUGAACAUAAACUCUAUUUCAUAUUCAUUUAGAAGCAUAGCGAACCAAAUGGUGUUAGAUAUUCAGACAGUACAUCAUAUUUUUAAAUAUACAGCAGUUCAAAAUGUAAACAAACCGUUUGUUUACAUGCGGACUUGACUUCCACUUUAAACUUCUGAUGAUCUACAAGACUCUGCAAAAAUAUUUCCAAGUUUAUAAACAAGCUGCUGGGAAGUAUGCUUUGAAUUUCACGUUAACCCAGGGUUGAGCUAACCCGCUUUCGAACGACCGGCUCUUGAGAGUUAAGAUUUUAGAAGUUUAGUUUUAACACGGUUUAUAGUGGUUUGAACCACCCCACUUUUCCAAGCACUACACCUAAUUUCUUAACACUCCUGACACUCUCCUCCGAUAGAGCCUUACAAUUUGUACUGACUAGUACGUGGGAGACAAAUUACGUAAUUGUUAGUCAAUAUCCACUGAAUGUCCUCUACUAUCCCUACGUUACCAUUACAAUUCUUUACUAUCCCUAUGUGUCCUAUGUUACCACUACAACAUAUUUGAAUUUUAGAUUCUGCGAAGGAGAGUGUUCUCCCAUGUUUGCUUAAUUAGUUAAUUUGACAUAAAGAUAUAUCGACACUUUACUAUUAUACUUAGACACGACAGUUAACGACUAAAUAGAAAUAAAAAUAAUUAAAAAAUUUAACCUGAAG